GUCAGCUGAGAGGUAAACGAUACAGGGCAGACAGCUGCAAAGGAUGCUUCCUCGGUUUGGUACAUAUUUGUAAAUACCAAAUGGAUGAGACUAAAGAAAGCUUAACCUUUAAAGGUGUUGCUGAGAGACUGACGCUUGGCAUUACUCGAAUACUCGAGAACAUGCCAGGUGUGGUCGAUGUGCGUUUUGUGGAGAGGGAGCCUGCAGAGAAGAGGAGCCUCCUGUCAUGGGAACAGAAAAACACUUGCAUUUUGCCAGAGGACCUGCGAGAUUUCUAUCUGACUACUGAUGGAUUUACCCUAACCUGGAGUGUUAAACUAGACAAUGAGUGUGUUCCCCUGGGAUGCAUGAUGAUUAACAGCGUGGCCAGGCUGUGCCCACUCCUCCAACCAGUAUCAAUAUUCUCUCUGCCCAAUGCACCCUCUCUGGCAGACCUGGACUGGGAGGAGGACAGCACAGAAAGUGGGAGGGGGCAUGCUCCCGCUGCACCCCACUUUGAUUCCCGGAGCCGCAUCUUCGAGCUGCACUCCUGCGGUGUGAAUGGGAAAGUGUGUCUAGUCUACAAAAACUGCACUCCAGGUGUGGUAGCCCAGCAGAGUGAAAUUUGGUUCCUUGAUCGCUCGCUGUGUUGGCAUUUACUGACAGCAACAUUCACCUCCUACUACCGACUGAUGAUCACCCACCUGGGUCUGCCUGAGUGGCAGUAUGCCUUCACCCCGUAUGGCCCUAGCCCCCAGGCCAAGCAGUGGGCAUCACUGUACCAGCCUCUGACUUUCAGCAGUGAGCUCAACUUUGCGGAUCCUGCAGGAGAUUCCCACCUCAACAAGCUGGAUCCUACAAAGGCCUUCAAAGGCAAAGUCAAGGCACCCAUCUUAAAGAAGAAGCAGUCGACACCGUGCAGCCUAGGGAGCGCAGCAAAGAGCCAAGGCAGCGCCGUAAGACACCACAGUGGGGGAAAGCGGUGAGAUUUUUCCAUCAUAGGAAAACCAUUCAACCAGCUUUUCCUUCUACACAACCAACAUGGGUUAGUCGAGCAGCUCGCAAGUCCUUCAAGGGUCGGGUUUGGUUAGCUUCGCUAUGCUCAUUGAGAGCAUGUUGUCCAAAAGCAAGUCUGGAAUGGUGCACGUCUGAAUGGAUACAUAAGAAGAGUUUUUCUUAAGCACAGUUGUUGCGUUGUCAUCAAUACAUUCAUUCAGAAAAGCCACAUUUGAUACAGGUUCACUAGUAACACCUAGUGGUAAACAUAAGUAUAAACAGCCUUUUCGUACAAUCUGGUCAAGUGCUGCCGACAAACAAUCCUGACAUGUUUGUGAAAAAUUGGACAAGUGCUGUCAUUAAUAGAAACUCAGUAAUACUUCAGUAAUCAGAAUAAGUAAAUAUCUCUAUUUAUCAUUGUAUAUACUUAAAUUUCAAAUGUCUCUCACAACAAUCACAAUAUAUCAUCAUAUAAACACAUUUAAAAUAAUUGUAAAACUGCUAAAUAAAAAACAGGAAGGAUAAAAAUAAUACUAUAAGUUGGGCAGUAAGUGCUUGUAUGACUAAAAAUGUAACUCUAGUUACAAACUAAAUCAAUUAACACUGUUCUAAAUAAAAUCAUCAACACAUAAUCAAGAUUCACAAAAACAGCAUCAAGCUUGGCCCAAGUUAUUUAAGUUGCUAACUGGCCAUCGCAUCACUGCAGUGCUUUGCUGAUGCUGUGUCCCUAUGUAAACUUUAUAAACAUAUAAAUGUGCUAGAGUUUAGUCCUAUGAGUUUUUUUUAAUCUAAUAAUGACAUUUGCUCUGACUGAUGCGGUUUAAUUCCAGCAUUUAAGGAAAAUAACGUGCUAGCUUUAGUGCUAUUGUUGCCGUGGCAGUGUCAUUAGACAUCCAGUCUAAAAAAAUGUACUCCUACAAAGUUAAUCAAGACACAUUACCUAAUCUCAUUUUACAUGUUUGAGCUUCACGCUGCUGUGCACUUGAUUUUUGGAAAGAUUCAUGCGUAUUAUCUUUGCUAGUGUUGCUGCCAUUUCAAGCUGUGAGGAGCCAACUCCUACUGUUCCUAUUUUGUUUUCCUAAAAAUACAUGUUUGGACAGACAGCUUUUUACUCCACGUGUAUUGCCCAAGCUCAUGUAAAUGGACUCCUGUUGAUUGGAAUAAUGAAUGAUAUUAAUGGUGUCUUCCAAUAUUUAAUAAGCUGCUAUUACCUCAAUAAAAAACAUGAAAUGUAAGUGUGUUUUUU